AGUGAACUGAGCUGACAAGAGUGGCCUUUUGGGAUAAAAACAGUUGUUAGAGAUGUGCCCCCUGCUGGUGAUGGCACUUGGUCUCUGCCUGCUCCACGCUGAAACUGCGUCUAUUCCGUCAGCUAUUCAGAGGCCACAACCACCUUAUGAUGCUCCCCCAACUUUUGUCCAUAAAGCUCCAGAGCAGAAUCCUCCUGCCCCCAUCCUGCCAGCCCCUGCACCAGAGCAAAGCCUUAACCAGCAGGGCCAGCCAUCAUUACUGCCUGCCAUGAGCCCAAAUAAACAGCUGGCUAGUGCUUUUAAACCCAAUAGCUUUGAAAAUCUGAAGCCCCUCGGCCCAACAGGCCUCUCCCAAAAGCCGGCGUCUUUACCAAUCAAGCUGAACUUUUCAGCAACUGAUAAUAGGAUCAGAGAAAUCAGCCUUGUGCGAGGAGAGAACAGUCGCCUGGGUGUGGUGGCACUACCCUCUAGCCCAGUUAUUGACAAGACCACACAGGUUAUUGUCCCGGUCAUGGACCCACCCAUGCCUGAACAUCUCAGUGAGGCCAUACCCAAGGAGAGCUCUCCUCCAAAUCUCUUGACCAAGCCCCAAUUCCAAAUACCAGCUGGCAUCAGCGACAGCAGCCCCUGGAAUCAAGGCGCUUUGCACCAUCCCACUCCCUUCACCGUGCUGGUCCAGGAUAUCCCCCUGUGGAUGCUGUCGGAGAACAACUCCCUGCGGAGGCGAGCACUCCCGGUUCAGGCGGACCACGGGGUGCCACUCGACGGGCCCCUCUAUAAGCAGGUCAUGGACGCCAUUCCCGUCGCCACCUUUCUGCAGAAGCAAACGUUUUAUAUCAAGCUUGCCGCAUUCCUCAUCCAGCAGAAGAAUGGUGAGCAGCCUCUGCUCGUGGUGCAGCCUUCGCAACUCAUUCUGCUUCCUGCUGAAAUUGAGAGCAUGUCCCUUGACCAGUCUACCACCAUCUCCAAUAAACAGCUGCCCUUCCUCAUCGGGGUUGACAACCCAGGGGAGAAUAGAGUGACACACAUGAAGAAGAAGCAGGCUGCCCCCACUCCAGAUGAGUCUGACUUUCCACAGCAGGCUCUUCCUGUGCCCAACAUGUCCCUGGACCAGCUUCUUCCAGGUUGCCUCACUGUACCGCAAGAGGUGGACAAUGUGAUUCAGGUCAACUACCUUGUCAAGCUGGCGUACAUGAAAGUGAACGUGGAGACCUGCGUAGGGAGCAUUCUCAAUGAGAAGUGGGUGCUGAUAGCGGCUCAUUGCAUCUACUUAAACAAAGCUCAGUCUGAUGAGUCUGUGAUCCUCGGCCCCAAGCCCAUAAAGGAGCAGAAGAUGUUGAGCAUUAGCGACGGAUCACAGCUCCUGACUGUUGGCAAGUACAUCGUCCAUGAGGACUACCAUGUCAACUCAAAAGGCUUCCCAGUCAAUGAUGUGGCCCUGCUGAAGCUGGAGCAGUCCAUCUCCUUCAGCCCGCUGUCAAGGCCUGUCUGUAUUCCUAGCAGAGAGAUGGAGAGCAAACUGCAUCCAGACACAUGUGUUGUGGUGGACUGGGACUUCAGCCACAGCAGAGGGUCUUCCAAGCCCAUCCUGAGACCAGUGACUCCCCUCAGCAGCUGUGCAGACAUCUCAGUGGAGCUCAGUCAGGCUGCGGUUUGCUCCAUUUAUGACUCCAGCAUGGGAAACUGCCCGGGAGAUAGUGGAGGUCCUCUCUUCUGCAACCACAAACUCUACAGUCUACCUAUCAACAUUGGCCUGGCCUCCUUUGGGACCCCUUCUAAGAAAGAACUAUCCAGCUGCAGGUUGAACGUUGACAUUGUGGGGCAAACUCACAUCAGCCAGUACUUCAACUGGAUCAUUGAAUCGAUGAUCGAAAAUGGGUUUGACUGAUUGCGGUCAGCAGUGUGUACAUCAGGUUGUAGUGUAAUGUGUGGGAGGUGGCAUCACUCCACUGUUUAUUCUAAUUGUUCAGUCCUCGUGUUCCUCAAAUGAGAUGCUGAAGGAGUGGACCAUAGUUCUCCUCUGCAUGCUCACGAGGCACCACUGAAUGAUCUGACUGUUCUGCUCUUUCUUCUUCUUCUUCUUAAAGGUUGUCG